UCCAUCAUUUCUAUUCCUUGUCUCUCUGGAUUCAGAUUGCAGGCUAAAAAGUAUGUCCUUGAAGAAGCAAACCACCAGAGGAUUCUUAACAACUUCGCCUGUCGCACCAUGGCAGCCCACAGCAACGGGGCAUUGCAUGUCAACUUGCCUAAGUCAGAGAGCAACGUGACAUUCCUCUCGGAUCACAACCCACUAACCACUCACAACCCAGUGUACGAUGACAACAGCCCCCUCAGCAGUCCUGAGGCCUUUCCACGUGGGGAGAGUUGCUCUGAAAAGCGGUUCUCCUUUUCUCCCUCCUACUCAGCAGGGUCAGACAAUGUCUGGUCGAUGCCUGCUCACAUUCACGUGGGGCUGCAGGGUUAUGACGGGCCAAGGAGACCAUCUCUUAUGGACCCAGAUGAUUGGGAGUUUCAAAUACUCCAAGCAGAAAUUAGGAACAGGCGAAGGCUGGAGAGUUCGAGCAAGUUGUCAGCCCGUGAGCAGGCCAGGCAGUUUGAGCAGCAGUCCCUCCAGGAACCAACCCUCAAGCAAAACUGGGGCUCCCAAGGCUCCCUUUCUACCAUCCUUGUGAGUGAUAGAGACAGUGAUGACGUUCUGGAGCUGACCUCAGAAACUCUGUUCUCUAUAAUGGACUAUUGCUACAGCCCCACUUCUGUGGGCAAGGAUUUGCCCCCCAGCAUUAUUAUCGCUCAGGGAGAUGACUCAUUGCCCCUGGUUGGCCAGAGACAGACUCCACCCAUCCAGAAGUUCAGCCCCAGCAUUUCAAGCUAUCUGACAGCUCAACCAUUUCAGAAUGUGGAGAUCAUACCAGAUCCACCAGAAAAUCCCCCUCCUCCUCCUCCUCCUCCUCUUCCUCCUCCUUCUCCUCCUCCUCCUCCUCCUCCUCCUCCUCCUCCUCCUCCUCCUCCUCCUCCUCCUCCUCGGCAACAUCCACCUCCCCCACCCACAUCUCCUCCCUCUAGUCCACCUUCUUCUCUCCCUUCAACAACCUGCCUUGAUAAACCUCAAGACACCCCUCGAAGCUCUCCUCCUCCAGCCAAUAAACGGGUUGCACCCCAACCUCCACCGCCUCUUCCUUCCUUACCUUUCCCCGCAAUCAGCAAUGAGACGCGCCCGGUUGUCCGUUUUCUCCCUACAACUUUGCCGCCUGUGUCCUCACUUCGCCCUGUUUCAGAACGAAAACACCCGGCUCCUCUUGACCAAUCAAAAGCUGAUAUUGGGAAGAAGGAGCUUAAAGGGAUCCUGAAAAACAUCGAGAAUCUAGCCGACAUAGAGAGGUCUGUUGCCAACCUGUACAGCCAAGUCGACAAAACCUGCAAGGUGCCCAAGAUUAACAAAAAACCACAAAUGACUGAAGAAUCAGAAGGUGCUGACAGACUGCAAAGCUCUGAUCCCUGCGAUGAGCAGAGCACGCCAAAAACAACCAACUCCAGCUCUGCAGGUCAAAUCAACUCAACAACAAGUAUGAACUGGGCUGAAAAUGAAACAAGUGAACUGAAUAUGGCAGGAGACACUCAGCAGCCAAGCCAUUUGAACUUGAACAGCCCAACCAGUGAUGAGGACUCUCAAUCAACAGUGCUCUGACUUUUUCUUUCUGUUUCCACACACUCAUAUUUUCCAUUUAUUCGUAUACAUGCAUGCUUUUCUGUUGUUACUAAAUAAUCAUUAUUUUGUGCACAGUGGGUAGUGUUUUAGUUUAAGCUUUUUAAAAAAAUGCUGACUGUGUUUGUCUUUCUAAAAUAAUGCUUUUGUACUUGGAAAUCAAAUUAUAAUGCCAGCUGCCAAGAAAUGUACUCAGCUCUGUCAUACGAUUUGCUUGCAGCCUUGUAUUAGUACAUAAAAGAGGCUUGCAUAUACAGCAUUAGUUUGGCUCAGUUAAUUUGCUAUGAGAUCUAUGAUAACCAUACCCUUGAAUUAUCAGUUUAGUCAGUUCAUCAUGGUAUUAGCAAGUUAUUUCAGUUCAUUAUCUUAGUUUAACCACUGCUUUACUAAAGCUACUUAAAUUAAAUUACACUAAACAGCAACAUUUAUAAUUCCUGCAACCCUGGGGUCUGUUUCCUCAACCGUUUACUGUCUGCAUAUUGCUCAUUUUCUUUUUCACAUAAGCGAAGAGCAUGGGCAUUUAGUAUGUUAUUGCUUCGUGCAGUGUAAUCUAAGUGAAGCAAAAGAAGAAAACAUAAUGUUGGAUGUGUUCUGUUUUUUCUAAUUUCCCAUAGGUAAGCAAAUACUAUGAAAUGAGCUUUGUAGAAUUCAGGAAAGGAUGAUUGCACAUUUGUUUUUGUAGCAUAUUCCCGAUGUUGUUGCAGUGGUGUUUCUGACAAACAACUUACUGUGGUGGAUGGAUGUAAGAAGUUAUCCUUACAGAUGUAUAAAGCAGCAAAAGAGAGAAACAACUAAUUGUCAUAUCUACCCCCUCAGCAACAGAACAAUAUACACAUAAAAAAAGCUAAUUAAGAACUAUAUAUGCAAAUUAAACAAAUUGGAUACAAGGCAAGGCAGGCUACAGGAAACCCUUUUAGUUAAAUAUAAUACAGUUGAAUGCAGAUAUGAUGUGAGAUAUAAGUGAGAACAUCCUCUAAAGUUGAUUGUAACGUCAGCUAUAAAAACACAUUGAGAGGGUCUGCUGGCUCACGAGGAGAGCUAACCUCUGGGGGACCCGCCUUUUCACAUGUGUACUGAAAUCCUCCCAGCAUGAUAAAGCAGUCACUGUGAUGUUCUGCACACUGGAAAAGGCUAAUUAGAGAACCAAUCAAUCGUUAACUAGGGCCGCUGCCUGUGGGACUGUCAAGUACUGUUACCCUCUCCUUUCCUCUCCCUUCUCUUCGACCUUCUGCCUGCACCAUUUGUCUGUGUUUCUCUCUCUCCCACUUCCUCUCCCUGUGUAGUUAGUUCUAAUACCUUCAAUCCUUGGCCUCUUCUUGUUAAUCUUCUCUUGUGGUUCUCGGGAGAUUCUAUUAUCUUCUUUACACUCAUUGCAAUGCGGCCUCUGUCCCCCUCUCUCUUCCUUUUUGUGCUUUACGUUCACUCCUCUCUGUCUUUCUCCCACAUACCCUUCAUGUGUUUGUUUUAGCCUCCAUGCCCUAAGGCAAAUGGUCUUAGCAUACCUCUCUUCCAGAGCAAUGUUAUGUUUGAUUCAUCACACAUUCCCCGAUGGGCAGAUCGAAGGCCUGGUAAUUCUGUAUUCCAUGUUCACUACAUGGGGUAAUCUCUUUUUUAAAAGGCAAGCGGCUCACAUGCGGUUUUGUAACCCAAGGAGCAUUCAGCCCUAAUGGAUGGUAUUCUUUAUAUGCAAUUGUUUCCAUCUGGUUUUAUCAAAUUCUAUUGUGUCCUGGCUGAUGAAUCAUUGCAGCAACCAAAAAAUAAUCCAAAGUAUGUUUUACGUUUCACCAAGCUUAUGACUAAGACUGUCUGUCUCAAAUUAACCAGCAUAGUUAGUCAAACUACAAAAACCAAAGAGGGCUAGGUUAUUAAUCAUUCAUAUACACACAAAAUGCUAAUCAGAGAGAUCCUUUGUUGCAUUAAAACAUCCCCCUGCUCUUGCACCUCAUAGUGCAUCAUAUUUUGUGUUAUUGUUCAACAUUGGGAGAAUACGUUGAUUAGCUUUUGUACCGAGAGUUUGAUAAGAAUAUCAAUAGCGCUCUCACACAGGACAGUGGCAACAUUUUCUCAUCUAACUCUUGACAAGCAUACUUCACAAAAUGUCAAACUAUUCUUAUAGGUGUUUCUGCUACAAUAGUUUUGGUAUAUUGGUUUUGUUUCUUAAGGUGUUAAUGGCAGCAGAAUAAUAUAACAUAUUUUAAUGCUUUUUUACAUAGAAAUAUGUAUUGGGAAAAAGUGAAGCCAGUUAUUUUUUAAGAUAACCUUACUUUUAUCGAUAUGGUACACUGGGUUCAUCAGUAUUCAAAUCUUGCUGUAAUUCUGAGCUCAUCUCUUUCACCUAUAACAUUACCUUAUCACCCAUCUUCCCCCAAGUCCUUGUGCAAGCUUCUUACGGCUGCUGUCCAGUGGUCCAUUUUUCUCCAUGUUUCAUGAAGAAGUAGUAGCCAGCAGCCAAGCCAACAAGUCAUCCAUCAGAUCCCACUCCCAUCAUCCUCUCUGCCUGGGAGGUGUGGCCAUAUGGCUGUUCCCUGUCCCCUGGUCCCUGCCCAUAAUAACAGAUUACAGCUCUCCAGAGGAAGCUCACAUCAUUGCUUGGCCAUAUAUCCGAGUGUGAAAGUCGUCAUUAUUUAUUGGCCCCAGACAGGCUACAGUUGUACGCUUGUGAAAUUGGAGGGUUCAGCCGGGCUGCUCCAUUACUCGCAGUUUCUCAUUGACUUGUACUAAAAGCACUGCAGAUGCACUGUUGUCCUCAAGAGCUGCCCUGAGUAGUUUUUAAUUCAUUCGAGAAUCCUAAUAUUUGCCUACUUCAUUUUAGUUUAAAAAACAUUGUCUGUUGAAACGGAAUUGGCACAUUAUUUGUAAUAAGCAAAGACAGUUUCAUUAACUUUGUUUGAGUCAGUAAAACCAUCCAUGAAUCACAAUGUCCUUUUCACAUCUGUUCGAAGAUGCUAGAUAUGUCUGUAUAAACACUGACUUUUUCAAAUUGCAAUCUUCUUACCCUCUUUGAUAUUUGCAUUUAUUGUAUCUUUUUUUCCCACCCUGUUUGGAUGAGAUAACAGGGGAAAAACCGCCCACACCAGCACGAUAACAUUGCGGCCUUAGGCACCCUUUUUUAAAACUGAACAAUAUCUGCAACUCUGUAAUUUAACAUAUAAAAAUGCACAGUAAGUAAAGCUGAAACUUCCUCACUGGUCAGCAGAAUGUAGACACACUAGUCCUGUAGACGUAACAUUUCAUUUAUC